UCCUCCUCUUUCGGCUCUCUUCAUCUCUGCGCUUGUUCUGGGUUCCAACGGCCACCGUCUGCCAUUUCCUCUUUCCCUUUUCUUUUUCUUUGAUAAUUAUACAUUUUGUUUCAAAAUUUUAUUUUUAAUCUCUGGGUUUGCCAUUUAACCCAUUUGAUUUGAUUCUUUUUACUUUUGAAUUCUUAAGUGACGUCUUGUAUUGAAUGAUCCUCCUCCUCUGACUUCAACUCUUUCCAUCUCAAUCAUCUUUUUUGGUUGCAGGUACGUGCUUUCACGUUUCCAAUAUUAUUAUAAUUCUAUUCAGACGAAAUAAUUUGUUCAAAAUAUUUGAUAUAUAUAUAUAUAUAUGUGUGUGUGUGUGUGUGUGUAUUGUUGUGACUCGUACAUCCAUACAUGCAUGCGUGUUGCGCGCAGAAGAAACCAAAAAUGGCGAAUGUCCGUAUAAAGGAUCAGCAGAAGGCUCCCGGCUCCCCGAGGGCGGAGGUGGGAGAGGUUGACACCCGAGCACCCUUCCAAUCUGUCAAAGCUGCUGUUAGUUUGUUUGGCCAAGUCGUUUCUAGAGGAGGAAAAUCUUCCAAUGCCAAUGCCAAUUCCGAUUCCAAUUCCAGUGCCAGCCCCAAAGCCAAUGCUAAUGCCAACGCCAAUGCCAAUGCCAAUGCCGUCAAGAAAAAGCUUUCGCCAGAGACUAAUGCACUGGACAAGGAGACGCAACUUCUGUUGGCACAGAAAGAACUAAACAAGAUUAAGCAACAAUUAGGGAGUGCAGAAACUACCAAAGCUAGAGCACUCUCUGAGCUUGAUAAGGCCAAGAGAACACUGCAGGAUCUGAACACCAAGCUCAAAACUGUAACAGACUCCAAGCGAUCAGCAAUUAAAGACGCCGAAGAUGUAAAGAAUCGGGCUAAGAAACUAGAAGAGGUCAAAUCCAGAGAAACCAUUGAAGGUAAUGCUUGGAAACGGGAAUUGGACCACGAAAGAAAUGAAUACACAGCCACUGUGACCGAACUCGAUGCAGCAAAGCAAGAGCUUACCAAAAUCCGACAGGACUUUGACGCCGCCUUUGAAGCAAAACUGGCUGCAUUCCAACAGGCGGCGGAAGCUCAGCGGUCGGCAAACGUUAACUCAGACAGGGUUAACGAGCUGUCGAAGGAGGUUUCAGCCAUGCAGGGAUCCAUUGAACAGCUCAAACUUGCCGCCCUGCAAGCCCAACAGGAGCAGGCAAAAGCCGUGUCUGAAAAAGAGGCCCACCUUCGAUCCUACCGAAGCGCGAAGCAAGAAGCAGAAGACAAAUUGCUAUCUUUGAAGAAUGAGGUUGAUCCUGAACUGGCCAAAGAACUAGAGGCAAAGCUUGAAGAAACAACAUCAGAGAUUGAAAUUAUACAAGAAGAGAUGAAGAAAGCGCACGCGUGCGAAAUGGACUCCGUGAGAGUGGUAACUAUGGAGCUCAAUGAAGCCACAAAGAUGCUGCAGGAAGUGGCAUACGAAGAGAGCUCUCUCCGAAGCUUUGUGAGUUCCCUUAGGCUGGAAUUGGAAGAUGUGAAGAGGGAACAGGCUGAAUAGGACAAAGAAAUGGAAAUGGAAGCAAUCACUACUAAACUAACUGAUCAAAUACAGAAAACCAAGGACGAGGCAGAGGCACAUCGUAAUGCACCUCCUAGUCCUCAUGAAUAUGAUGCACAUCACAGUUCAACUGCUGAGAAGCUUUCAUCUGAAACUGAAAGCACUAGGCUGGAAGCAGAAAAGAUGAAGGAAAGUGCUAAUCAACAUAAACGAGAAGGUGAAGAUAGCAGAGUUGCAGCAGAGAAAGCAGAAAAGAAAUUGAAGAUUGCCCUCGAAGAAGCUAAAGAUGCACGAGAAGCAGAAAAAAGAGUCCUCGGGGAGCUGAAGUUCUUAUCUGGGGGAACACAGGAAGAAGGUACGUCUUCAAACUCAGAGACCGGUGCUGCCAAGAUCAGACUAUCGGAGGAGGAGUUUGAAUCUUUGAGAAGGAAAGUCGAGGAAUGUGAAAAAUUGACUGAGAUGAAAGAGGCAGAAAGCAUAAACCAAGUGGAAGCACUCAACGUACGAAAAAGUGAAGUAGAUAAAAAGCUGGAGGCCAAUUUAAAAGCCAUAGAGGAAAUCAAGACUGCAACAGACAUGGCAUUGAACAAAGCAGAGAUGGCAGAGUCGGCAAAAUCAGCAGUUGAGGGAGAACUUCGCAAGCGGCAUCAAGAAGAACAAAUGGUGCUAGACGAGUCAUCAGUAUCGUUCCCCGUUCAGUUCUAGCAGGAUUCAAGAGAAGAUCACAAUGGCAGACAAGUCGGAUGGGAAUGGGAUCUCUCGUAGUCCUCUAGAGAGAAACACCAACUUCCAAUCCAACAGGUCCCAUUUUGGUGUAUUGAUUGUAUUCAGGAAAACUUGUUUGUAAGUCUCAGUGAUUCAAAAACAGGGAAACAUGUAAAUCUCCCGUUUUCUUAUCUCAAUACUCAAAACAAUAUUUUCUGCU